GUGAGCGACAUGGACCACUUGCUUAUUUCGGACGACACACAAUGCGACGACUACGGAUCCUAUCAGGAGAAGAAACCGCAUACGUCCGUGAAAGACUACUAUGAUGGCUGUUCUGAGUGCAUCGCCAUAAUGCGGUACUCUCGUAAUGUUGGCCACGAAGGCUAGACGAUUGGUCGAUGUGGCCUGAAGAUGACCUUAGUCUAAUUGCGAUGCGCUCCAGAACAAGACAACUAGCGACGCAGCUAUGCAUCCAGGGUCGUUCCAAUCCAUGCUAGUUUGCAAAGAUGUUCGUACCACUUGUGAAGGUCUUUGACAUAGGUAGCCAAGGCUGGCGUGUCAUGAUUCGUACAUCGAGCAUCGGACAGGAGUCUAUGCAUGGGAACAUCCGUCGUCAUCCGAAGGAGAAAUGACGAGCUCGUAGGAGGAACAAUACAUAUUCAAAAUGUUCCCGUACCGCC